AUGAUGGGAGUGGAAAGUCAAUAUUCACUGAUGGUGGGCAUGAUGUAUGUAUUUAACUCAAUGUUCGGAAUUGGAAUCUUAGCCCUGCCCAAAGCCUUUGCUGAUGCAGGCUGGCUGGCCAGCAGUGUUAUCCUGGCACUUGCCAUGGUGAUGAGUUACAUAACUGUGACCUUCCUGAUUGAAGUAAUGUCCUCUGCAAAUGCAAGAGUUGUUUGGGACAGGAAUAAUGACUGCCACAAAGAGGAUGAAAUAUUGAAAGAAAAUAUUCCCAUGUCUGCAAAGAGAGGAGAAGAGUCCACCAAGUCAAAGGCCCUUCAUUCAGAAUCCUCAUCAAAGCACGUUUGCUGCUGCUAUUGCCUGCCAGAUGAUCCAAAGCCAAGUGUGUUUGAUAUAAGUGAGCUGCUCUCUCUGACUGACCUGACUAAGAUGUAUUUCAGUACAGUUGGAGACCUCCUGAGUCGAAUUACAUUGAUGCUAGGCAUAUAUGGAUCAUUGGCCAUGUUCCUGACCAUGGUACCUUUCAGCCUCACAGAACUAUUCUGCAAUAUCCCAAGUUGCACAGGACAGAGCAAUUUCACGAGUAAUUCCUACAAUGAAAACCACUGCUGGGGGCCCAUCAGCAGGAUUAAUGCUUACAGGAUUUUUCUGGCUGGCUUUGUUUUACUGAUAGGACCUUUUGUAUUCUUCUCCAUUCAGAAGAAUAAGUUUAUUCAAAUCUUUGCUACCAUUGUAUCCUUUUCAGUUUUUUGCAUUAUGUUCAUCAUGGCGUUCCACCUCCUAGCUAUUGGCCGAGGCAAAGGAAAUCCUACUCUGGCUAACUUUGGUGCUCUUCCAAACAUCUUUGGAGCUUGUUCACUAGCUGCUGUAUCCCAUGCCACCCUUCCUCAUAUCAUUCCUCCCAUACUAAACAAGGCCAACCUUGGUCUGGGAAUUGCUAUUGUCUUCAUAGUUGUGGGUGCAUUUUAUGCACUGCUUUCAUUAACUAUCAUGUUCACCUUUGAAAAGGACAAGAUUCAGGAAAUUGUUCUGUUAAAUUUUUUGGAUUGCUCUAUUGUGCCUGGAGUGUUCUUCAUUUACUUCUUGGGACUCUAUACCGCUUUUAAGGUGAGUGCCAUCUUUCCCCUGAACGCAGUGGCUUUAAGAGACAACAUAUGGGCUAUGUUCAGCUCCUUCCAAUGUUCUCGCAUUUGGGCUGUUGAAAGACUCCUCUUUCCGCUUUUGGCCAUCAUCCCACCAACUGUGAUUGCGGUCGUUACUGAGAACAUUGAGGUGAUUGUAGGAAUAACUGGCUCCUAUGCUGCAACCACCAUCCAGCUGAUCAUUCCACCUCUGCUGGUUCACUAUAGCCGCAGAGAUACCCGGGAGAAGUUUGGCCCAAGUGUUCAUAUCAAGCAUGCCUCUCCAUUUCAGCACAACUUUUGGAUAAUUCUAGCCAUCAUCUUUGCUGUAUUUACUAUCACCACGGUGACAAUAUUGUAUAUAACACAUCAAAGUUAA